UGUCAUUUCAGUGUGGACAUCCUGUGACAUCUUAGUUUUCCCAGAACCCAUUUCUCCCUUUGAAGCCUGGAACACGAGGGGAGGGGGCAGAAAUGGAGGGGGCAGGGCCCAGGGGCAAGCCCUUUCACUGGCUGCACCUCCCUGAGGCCUGGCCUGGGCAAUGGUCACCUGGGCCGCGGUCACCCAUGAAGCCACCCUGGGGACAGCAAUGGGGGAGUGGGCGAGGGUGAAUGGGGUCAGCUGGCAGGAGGGGGCCCUGGGAGGCAGCUCGUACUCGGGGCUUGGGGCGGGGGAGGGGGUGCUGGCCUUCCUGGUCCGAGCCAGGGUCCCGAGCACUGACGUGGGACUGGAGCCAAUGGGGGCCCAAGAAGCCACACCCUGGGGGCGAAGGGGAGGGCUGCAGGGUGUCAGCAGGGCAGAGGCGUCUCUGCUGGAGGCCUGGGGGUGGCUGUGGUCCCCGUGCCACAGGCCACCAGCACGGGGCGGCGGGGGGAGUGGACCAGCCAGAAGAAAGGAGCCCUGUACAGCCCCAUCCUGACACCGGCCCCACCCCAAGCGCCCUCCUGCACCCCCGGCUGCCCUGCUGCUCCAGGGCUGCACAGCUGGCGGGAGGGUCCUGGUCCUGGUGCGGCCCUGGGACGAGGCCAGUGCCCGCCUCCCACCCACACAGCGGGCCCUUGUCUCUGGGCAGCUCACGGGGUCCGAGAGGCAGGCAGGCAGGCAGCGCAGCAGCCGCCCCUCAGCCCGCUCUGCGGCUUCCCUUCGGUGCCUGAGCAUGGGGACCCCGCGAGUCCCUACGCGGACCGCGCUGUUUCAGAGCGAGAGGAGUGGCCUGACCUACCGCGUGCCCGCGCUGCUGCCCGUGCCUCCCGGGCCCACCCUGCUGGCCUUCGCGGAACAGCGGCUCAGCCCUUACGACGCGCACGCGCCACCGCCUGGUGCAAGAGGCGCGGCACGCUGGCAGGGGGGCGCCGUGCGGUGGGGCGCCGCGCUGGUACUGGGCACUGCGGCCCUGGAGCAGCACCGGUCUAUGAACCCCUGCCCAGUGCUCGACGCGCGCACGGCACGGUCUUACCUCUUCUUCGUGGCCGUGCGAGGCCAAACCCCCGAGCUGGCGCAGAUCUCCCAGGCAGGAACGCUGCGCGCCUCUGCUUGCUUGACUAGCCAGGACGCGGGGCGCACCUGGGGCGGAGUGCGGGACCUCACAGCGGAGGCGGUGGGCGGUGCUGAGCGAGACUGGGCCACGUUUGCUGUGGGCCCCGGCCACGGCAUCCAGCUGCCCUCGGGCCGCCUGCUGGUGCCGGCCUACACCUACCGCGUGGACCGGCGUGAGUGCUUUGGCAGGAUCUGCAGGACCAGCCCCCACGCCUUUGCCUUCUACAGCGACGACCACGGCCAGACCUGGUGCCACGGCGGCCUCGUGCCCAACCUGCGCUCGGGCGAGUGCCAGCUGGCUGUGGUGGACGGAGGGUGGGCCGGCAGCGUCCUCUACUGCAACGCCCGGAGCCCCCUGGGCAGCCGCGUGCAGGCCCUCAGCACGGAUGACGGCACCUCCUUCUUGCCGGGAGAGCUGGUGCCCGCCCUGCCCGAGACUGCUCGGGGCUGCCAGGGCAGCAUCCUGGGCUUCCCAGCCCCACCCCCCAGCUGUCCUGGCGACGAGGGGUGGUCAGGGGGCUCCAGGGUGACCCCCUUUCCUCUGAACCUCUCUGCUAGAGCCCAGGAUUCCCCCAAAGAGGGCUCCGGAGACACCCGAGGGGGUGGGGGGCUGGGCAGGACGGAGAAGUGUGGGCAUGGCCCCGGGGACCCAGGUCCCAGGGAGCCUCGUCUGGGGCCUGGGUUCCAUGGGGACAGGAGGGACUGGGCUCCCCAGCGCCCCGGCCCCCCUGCUGCCUUGGCUCAGAGCCCCACGUGGCUGCUGUAUUCACACCCGGCGGGGCGCAGGGCUCGGCUGCAUAUGGGCAUCCGCCUGAACAGGUCCCCCCUGGACCCCCACAGCUGGACAGAGCCCUGGGUGAUCUACCAGGGCCCCAGUGGCUACUCUGACCUGGCGCACCUCGGGCCGACCCCGGAGGGCGCCCUGACCUUCGCCUGCGUGUACGAGAGUGGGGUCAGGGUGUCCUACGAGGAAAUCUCCUUCUGCCUGUUCUCCCUGCGCCAGGUCCUGCGGAACGUGCCUGCAGGCCCAGGGCCGCGCGGCCCGGGGGGCAAGCCUCGGGCCCAGUGCUGGCCCUCCUGAGGAGCCCUCCCACUAGGCCCGGCCCGGGUGCCCAGGGGCCUGGAUGGAACUCUGGGGCCCCCCACCCCCUGCCGGAGGCGCCUUCGCCCCUUGGCUUCCUCACGCAGUGUCGUGGGGGUGUGUUCGAGAAAGACCCCGUGCAAAGACACGGAGGCUCAGUUUUAAUACUUCAAACCAGCAGGGCUGGGCUUCAAGCAGGGAUGUGCUGCCGGAAGCCAAGGGAGGUGGGCUCGGAGCCCCCGGGGCGGGCGGUGGGGCGCGGGCCAGGGCCACUCGGGGCCCUGGGACCGGCGCA